CAUGAACACACAUAAAGGCUAUCCACAACCCUGGCACUGUAGCUGUGGAGUUAGAUGUGCUGACUGAUCUACCAAUGCUUAUUAACAUCAGGGUCGAUAUUAAUCUAUAUAAAUAACAGAUAUCAACAGCACUGAAGUUAUAAGUGUGCAUUCAGAAGAUCUGACUGUGUUAGCAGCCUGAAAUCAUCAAUAUGGCCUCAACUUAUGGUGACAUAAGAAGAGUUGAAACCACUGGAGCACUGGAAGCUACAGCCAGACAAGACAAACUGACAGAGAAAGGUGUUGCAGCAUCUCAUAAAAUGGCCCGUACUGACAAUGCAAGGAUGCAGAAGUACAGAGCAAUCAUACUGAGAGCUGCUGGGAAAGGAAAAAUAGACCCUGCCUUAAUCUGUGGGAUAAUAUCAAGGGAAAGCCGUGCUGGGGCCGCGCUCAGGGAUGGAUGGGGAGAUCACGGCAAUGGAUUUGGUCUAAUGCAGGUGGAUAAAAAUUAUCAUACGCCAAAGGGAAAAUGGGACUCUGAAGAACAUCUGGAUCAAGCAACUGGUAUCCUCGUUGAGUUCAUUUUGGGUUCCAGAAAGAAAUUCCCUGGCUUGACCCCAGAACAGCAUCUAAAAGUGGGCAUUGCAGCUUACAAUUGUGGUUUGAAUCGUGUUGACAACUAUGCACACGCUGACAUGCACACUACAGGGAGAGACUACUCCAGCGAUGUUCUUGCCAGAGCUCAGUGGUAUAAGAAUAAUGGAUUUUAGUAAUAUAAACCUGCAAGCAAUGUGUUCCAUGUCCAAAUCUGUUGGGUUACUCUGUUUCGACAUACCAUAAAGUGUUGCAAGUCAAAAUAAUAAAAAAAGCAUAGUUCUUAUGUGCGUUA